GCAGUUGUGUGGAACGCAAGUCGCGCAUCUGUUGUUGUGUUUGUUGUGCGUUAGUGUUUCUGUGUCUCGGGAAAAAAGAAAAAGAAAAAGAAAAAACUUCCCUCGGAUAACUGAGAUAAAAAAAAAAAAAGAAAGACAAGAAAGACGUUAUUGUCGUUAGGCUUCCUGUGUUUGUGUAAAUUACGAUUGAUUGCCUCGUUUGAAGUUUACUGGAUAUAUUGUCAAACGGUUUCCCUCAAACAUUCUCAAAACUGGAUUCCAAAAUGGAGCUGUCGAAUGUGGGAGACAGGGUGUUCGCCGCCGAACGAAUUCUUAAAAAGAGAAUUCGAAGGGGCCACCCCGAGUAUUUGGUGAAAUGGAAAGGUUGGAGCACGAAGCACAAUACGUGGGAACCAGAAGAAAACAUACUGGAUGGGCGUCUUCUAGAAGCCUUCGAAAGACGAGAACGAGAAGCAGCCACAUUCAAAAGAGGACCAAAGAAAAAGUCGGAUCAGCAAUUACAGCAGCAAUCAAGCAGCGGUGGGAGAUCGAAUCGUGAUAGGCGGCUAAGUACCUCAUCGUCUUCUGAAGGUGAUUCAGACGACGGUGAAUCCGGCUCGAGUAGCAGUUCGAGUAGUAGCAGUGGCAGUGAAGAAGAAACGGAUAAGGAACCGGUUGUUACGUCCCCAGUUGUUACGUCUCCCCCUGCACCCAUAACAGUUAAAGAGCCUGAGAAAAAAGUGAUAGAAAAACCGUUGUCAUCUCCCCCAAGUUGUCGAGCAGCAGCAACGGCAGCUGGACCUAAAAUUGCAUCGGCUUUCAGAGUGGAAAGGUCGGUCAGUUCGUCUCAAACGCCGUCGAACGACUUGAAAACAAACAAAUCUGAUUUGACUAAAGAAAAGAAAAAGGACAAGGAAAAAGAGAAAGAAAAGGAAGAAAAAAAAGAUUCGUCUGGCACCAAAAGGAAAGCCGAAGUGCUUAGCGAUAAUGGCCGAGUCGGUGUUACCAUUUCGACGACGUCACUAGACCGGUCCAGGAGUCCACGAAGCCCCAGCGGACAAAACGGAAACAGUCCACUAUCUCCUACAGCCAAAGUUCCUCGACUGGCACCUACUACACCAACACGUGCUCCUACCGACCCAGCUACCUUGACUGUUGCAGGAAACCCCGCCACAAUCACCAAAGAGCCUCACGUCACAUUGUCUAUUUCAUUAUCGCCCAAUGGAGAAGCAGUGGCUCGUCCAGGAUUGGACUGGCGGGAAAGAUCCAACCAGCCAACCAACAAUACACCACCGCAACGAUCGUUGUCACAAGAUGAGCAAUCGGCUAAAAUGGCGCUACUGUCACUGCAACGUGGUGCUAACAAGUACUCACCGAGUUCGCCGGCAAGUCGGUCCACUUCGCCUACUAGACCUGCACCCGUUCUUUCACCUGCUUUACCUGGAGAAUCAGCUCAUCCACCGAGCAGCAGUAGCAGCCUCAAUUCGUCGAAACGUUCCGAGCAGACGGGUGGAAGUUUGUCGGAUCAGGAGAAUGUCAACCAAAACGGGCAUGGUCCUAAUGGUCGGAAGCAGUCAGCACCUUCAUCGACGGAUCACCUUUUGACACCAAGUCUUGACUAUUGGCACCGUAAAAACCCAUUGGUCGACCAGAUCUUCAUCACAGACGUGACGGUCAACAUGAUGACUGUCACCAUUCGCGAGUGCAAAACUGUGUCUGGUUUUUUCCGUCACAGGCCGAAUGGCGCCAGUGGCAGUGCAGACAAUGGCAACACUAGCGACAAUGCAACAGAGGCCGAUGGUAAAUAAAGAAAAAUAACAAAAAUAUCUCUAAUUAAUAAUUUUUUUUCACGCAAAGCAGAGCAGUGUUGUGUUAUACGACGUAAAAAAAUCAAUUGUGAAAUUCCAAUAUUUCUUUAAAAUUAUUUUUGCGAUUUAAUAUGUUUUGCUCCUAAUUAUGGUUAUUAUAUCAGUUGAGUUACGAAUGGAAAAGCAAAGGAAUGAAAACGAUGACUGUUAUGGCCCACCCAUGUUUUUCUCUUUGCAACCUAAUAAAACCGGAUUGUUCCGGAAUUACUGAAU